AUGCCAGAGGAUAUUGCUUUUCCAGUUGGAUUUGCUUGGGGUGCAGCUACAAUAGCAUAUCAAAUUGAAGAAAGCUGGAAUGCAGAUGGAAAGGGCCCUAAUGUCUGGGACACAUUCACCCAUCAGGGAGGAGAUCGAGUUUUCAAGCACCAGACUGGUGAUGUAGCUUGUGGCAGCUACACUCUGUGGGAGGAAGAUUUGAAAUGUAUCAAACAGCUUGGAUUGACUCAUUAUUGCUUUUCUCUUUCCUGGUCACGUCUGUUACCUGAUGGGACGACAGGUUUCAUCAACCAGAAAGGCAAUUUCAAUUAUUACAGCAAAACCAAUGACAAACUUGCAUCCUGCUCCCUGUAUCACUUUGGCUUACCUCAGUCCUUGCAAGAUGAAGAUGACUGGGAAUCUGAAAAGAUCAUAUAGACCUUUGAUAUUCAUGAAAAAUAUUGCUUCAGAACAUUUGUAGACUGGGUGAUCACUAUUAAUGAGCCUUAUGUUGUUCCUAUAUGUGGCUGUGAAAAUGGUAUACCCUCAGUUGGUACCAGAGCUUACAAGGCCAUUUAUAAUGUGCUAAAAGCUCAUGCUAAAACCUGGCACAGUUGCAUCAAGAUAUGGACAAAACAAAGUGGGCUUGUGUCUGUAACUCUGAACUGAGAUUGGUAAAACCUCUGUAGCAAAUCAAAAAGUGACUUUUGCUUUUUGCUCCUUAACUUAGAUAAUUUUUUCAGGAUAUUUGUUGAUGAUGAAUACCCAGCCAUUGUGAAGUCCGAUAUUUCUGCAAAGCAUUCAAAGCAGAGUUACUUAUCAACAAGUCUUCCAGAAUUCACUAAAGAGGAAAAAAUUAUCAUCAUGGGUAUUGCUGGCUUCUACACUCUGAACUGCUAAGACCAAGCAAAUGCAGACAAGAAACUAAGUGUUUCAGUGGACGGUGAAUCUGAAAGGCCUAUUGCAACUGGGAGUUUAUGGUUGCCUGUUGUGCCAUGGGGUUUGCACUGACUUCUGUGUUAUAUCAAGGAAUGGGAUACAUAUAAUAACCCUACAAUUUGUAUCACUGAGAAUGGGUUUUCCCAAAGUGACCCUGCACUACUUGAUGGCAGUCAACUAUGGGAGUAUUUUAGGCUGAUUUUACAGGAAAUUUUAAAAGGCACAAUUUAA